GAUGGCGGCCUAUCCGGAGAGCUGCGUGGACGCUACGGUGCUGGACUUCGUCACAGACCUGUCCCUGGCCUCCCCGAGACGCCCUCUCCUCUGCGACUUCGCACCCGGGGUCUCCCUGGGGGACCCAGCCCUUGCGCUCCGAGAGGGAAGACCCAGGAGGAUGGCGCGGUUUGAAGAGGGGGAACCAGAAGAAGAGGAGUGCGAAGUGGACCAGGGGGACGGAGAAGAGGAGGAGGAAGAGGAGCGCGGAAGAGGUGUCUCCCUAUUAGGCCGCCCCAAGAGGAAAAGGGUGAUCACCUACGCCCAGCGCCAGGCCGCCAACAUCCGCGAAAGGAAGCGGAUGUUCAACCUCAACGAGGCCUUUGACCAGCUGCGGAGGAAAGUGCCCACGUUUGCUUACGAGAAAAGGCUGUCCCGAAUCGAGACCCUCCGCCUGGCCAUCGUCUACAUCUCCUUCAUGACCGAGCUCUUGGAGAGCUGUGAGAAGAAGGAAAGCGGCUGAGCCUGGUGUGGAGAGUCUGCCCUUCCUCGUCUGCUGUAGGGAGGAAAGUUAGCUUUCACUCUAAUGGCUUCUAGAGACUACCAGGGGAGACAAAAAGUCCAAAGAGGAGAUGCCUUCUGACGCCUUGCAAAACGCCUGCCAUGCAGAUGAGGUUGAAGCGGGUCCAUGCUGAGAGGCUGCCUCUAGUUUGGAUCUGUGCCAUUCCAGGAUUCUUCCUUCUAGGUGACGUGCUAGUACCAGAACUGGGGUCUUUCAGAAGGGAGUGGGUAACUGAGGAGAGGAACCCGGCUGAAUAAUGCCCACCUAAACAUAAAUUCAGUAAUCCUAAAGGAUAAUCCCCAGUGAUUAUUCCAACACUUUAUUUCGCCCCUCAUUACACACAGGAAUAGGCAGGCGCCUGUGCGAACACACAAUUCUCUUAAUCACGCUUUCAGAAAUAGAAUUCAUUUCAUUAAUAAGUAACAUAUACUCAUCCUAGAAAUUCUGGAAAACAAAAUUUCAAAAAAGAAAAAAUUCGAAUCAUUCCACAUUACCAUACUAUUAGCAUUUUCUUCUAUUUCUUUCCAGUCUUUUUUUCCCUGUGCAGUUAUAAAUUCAAUAUAUUUAACUAAUUCGAGAUACGUUGGGACACUGAUAUUUUUCCACUUGGCAUUAUAGAAGGUGCAAUGUUUUCCCUUAACUUUAAAUAUUAUUCAAAUGUGAUUUUGAUUACCAUAUCUUAUUGUCGUAUCCAUGUAUCACAACACCAGCCCUUUACAGAUAGAUAGCUAUUUCCUUUUAAAAAAUAAAUGAUGCUGCUAAGAGCAUUCUUGUAAAUGUCUUCUCUGUCUAUUAUUAUUUCAUAAUAUUUGAUACCUAGAAGUGAAAUUUCUGGAUUCAAGUUUGUGGAUAUAAAUGGCCAGAUUCCCUUCUCGGUGGGUUCUGCCAGUUCACUCUCCCACCCUCUAGCAUUGCAGGGAUUUGCCUGUUUCCCAGCCCCUUCAUUAGUACUUCAAAUAUUUAAAACUUUUCUUAGUUUUCCUUUUCAUAGGACCUGGAUUAGCUCUGAAAUGAGCCCCCACUCCCAAGAUGUUUUUUUACUUUUACUGUGUCUUUCCACCAAGAAUUUUUCCAACUCUACCAUAAGAACAUCAGGAUAAACAGGUAAAUGAGAAAAAUACAUAAACAGCUAACACCAGACAACAACAAAGCCCCAUAGAGUGUUGUUUUUUCUUAUUCUUCCACCAA